GUUAUAAUGUUUCAUUAUGCGUCAUUAUACGCUAAGCGCAUUAUAAAAAAUGCAUCUCUACUUUACCGAUCUGCAUUACCUGCACCUUUGUCGCGAGUAACAAUUCCAUAUCUCAUUUACACGCUUCUAUUGUUAAGGGAGGUGUACCUCUCUUCCUCAUCCUCCCCCCCUUUUGCCCCAUUCAGUUUUUUCUUAGGUUUUUUUUUUUUUUCUUUCCGCCCGCGGGUCUUCUGCCAUACACUCAGACCACCAUACACCAUACGCACAUACAACACACCCCCGACAUGCGCUGGAACUCUACAGGAAUUGGCUUGAUCACGUUAGCCUCGCCAUUAGCAAUGGAUUUUAAAUUGUCGGCAUCCUGAUAUCCCUGUGACACAACUUAUCUUGCAACCCCUGCCCUCCUUAGGAAAGCUGUCGCAAUGGUUCCCUUUCAUUGGUCGAACCUCGUCGCAACCUCCUGUUUACCUGCGACCUCGACAACCUCAACCUGACUACCUCUCCUUCUUGUUUUCCAUCCGUUCUUCAUCAGACUUCAUCCAAACCUCUUUCAAAUCCCCUUUUCGUGGUCGCCAUCAACUAGCGAUUGUUGUUGGAUACCCUUUUUUUUCAUCUUGCCUUGCAUCCAUUUGAUUAUUCAGCUCACCACCAAGUCCAGCAAUAUGCCCGUCGAGCUUCGCAAGCGCAAAGCCCCUGCGCCGGCCCCAGAGCCGCCGGCUAAGAAGCAAUCCAAAGUUUCCAAGACAGCCUCCAAGACAGCCUCCAAGGUUAAGGAGGCCGUUAAGGGCAAAGUCGCUAAGCCCACCAAACCCGCUGAUGCCAAUGGCUCAUCCAAACCCGUCAAACCCGUAGUCGGUGACACCAUCAUCCUCGACGGAUUUGGUGGUACGUUCGAAACCAAUGACGGUGAAAAGACCACCUUAAAGGCCCUCGUCGACGAGAGCAAAUCGGGGGUUGUGGUUUUCACGUAUCCAAAGGCCUCCACACCGGGCUGUACCAACCAAGCCUGUCUCUUUAGAGACUCGUACGAACCUUUGACCAAAGGUGGCCUCGCCAUCUACGGCCUCUCGGCUGACUCGCCCAAAGCCAACACCACAUUCAAGACCAAGCAGAACUUACCCUACCCGCUUCUUUGCGACACCAGCUUCACAUUAAUUGAAGCCCUUGGUUUCAAGAAGGCACCUAAGGGUGUCACUCGCGGCGUCUUCGCCGUUGAUAAGAACGGCAAGGUUCUUAUCGCUGAACCUGGAGGACCUGCUGCGACGGUCGAAGCUGUUAAGAAGCUGGUUGCUGAAAGCGAGAAAACCGACGCCGACGCCGACGCGAAGGAAUCUGUUGACGAGAAGUCCGAGGAGAAGCCAGCAGAAGAGGCCAAAUCCCCAAAUGGCGAAACGGUUAAGGAGAAGGAAGUUGACAGUACAGCCGAGUGACGGAAAUAACCGUUUUUUUCCUUCCCGUCCGAUUUCUUGUCUAACCUAGGGAUUAUCUUGCCUCAUGUUGUGUAAGACCACGGUUUUUGACAUGAUAGUAACAUCCGUGUCAAUGACGUAGAAUGAUAAGAGCAAAUCAAAGUGAAUUGGGUAUAUAUACAUAUAAAGUUUCUCGACGAUGCGAUGCCUUAGGUACCUUUUAGUAUCUUGUAUGCGGUCGACAUUAUAAGAUUCAGCCAUCUUCUUUUAAACUUGUCUCUCCGUUCAAUCAGUUUAUUGUUAAUGUAGAGGCAUUUUAUCUACCUAGGUACCUAGGUUAGGUACAUAAUACUUGGUACAAUGAUAGGUACUGUCUUAUGUAAUGGAACGUAAAUGGAAGUGGA